AUGUCGUCGUCGUCUUCAGCACAGUACGCUCUUGAGCGAUCCAUUGCCAUCUCAGCAGUCGAGCGCGCCUGCUCGCUCACAGACAAGGUCUUUCGCAACCUCGUCACCGCCGACACCGUCACCAAGAAGGACAAGUCGCCCGUGACCGUAGGCGAUUACUCGGCGCAGGCGGUGGUCAACGCUAUUCUCGGCUCGCAUUUCCCGGAAGACCCCAUUGUGGGCGAAGAGGACUCGAAAGAUCUGCAGAAGCCCGAGUCGGAGGCUCUGCGCAAGCAGAUCUUUGGUCUUGCCAACGAGGCGCUCAAGAACUCUGCUCAGGAAUGCCCUGCUGUUGCCGAAGCCGAGUCCAAGCCCAGCACGCAAGCAUUGGGCGACCGCGAGCUGACAGAGAAGGAGCUCCUCGCAGCUAUUGACAGAGGCAGCGCAGAAGGAGGCGCCGAGGGCCGUUGCUGGGCACUCGACCCCAUCGACGGCACCAAGGGCUUCCUGCGAGGUGGCCAGUACGCUGUCUGCCUCGCCUUCAUGGUCGACGGUCUGGUCCAGGUGGGUGUGAUGGGUUGCCCCAACUUGCCGCACGAUGCUUCGUCCGCCAAACCCAAGGAAGGCGAGUUCGGUGCCGGCGAGAAGCGAAGUGAUCUCGGCACGCUCUUCAUUGCAGUGCGAGGACAGGGCGCCUUCCAGCGUCCCAUCCAGGGUGGCAAGGAAGAGAAGAUUACCAUGCGUCAGAUCAGCUCGCUCUCCGAGGCAUCCUUCUGCGAGUCGGUCGAGGCAGGCCACUCUUCGCACGGCACCAACGCCAGGAUUGCAGAGCUGCUCGGCAUCACCGCUCCUUCCGUUCGCAUGGACAGCCAGGCUAAGUACGCUAGCAUCUCGAGAGGCGAUGGUGACGUUUACCUGCGCUUGCCUGUUGGCGACGGCAGCUACCAAGAAAAGAUCUGGGAUCACGCUUCGGGAUCGUUGCUUGUGGAAGAGGCUGGAGGCAAGGUGUCGGACAUCCGCGGCAAGAGUCUCAACUUUGGCGUCGGACGAACGUUGCGUGAGAACCGUGGUGUGGUGGCAUCGCGUAAGGAGGUGCACUCCAAGGUGAUUGACGCCGUCCGCAAGGCACUCGAAGAGGAGGGACGCGGUCACCUUUGA